AUGGCGAGCUUGGAGGACCUGAUUCCUACUGUGAACAAGCUGCAGGAUGUGAUGUACGAUGCGGGAAUUGACAGCCUGGACUUACCAGUGCUGGCUGUGAUCGGAUCGCAGUCGUCGGGCAAGUCCUCAAUUCUGGAGACUCUGGUGGGCCGGGACUUUCUGCCACGGGGGACCGGGAUUGUGACGCGGCGGCCGCUGGUGCUGCAGUUAAAUAACAUUAAGGCGGACUCGCCACUGAUUACGGCGUACACGGCCGAGGAGGCGGAGCCGACGCUGGAGAACCGGCUGCGGGGGCAGAGCGGAGCGCGUGACACGUGGGGGGAGUUUCUGCACCUGCCUGGGCGGCGGUUCUAUGAUUUUACGGAGAUCCGGGGAGAGAUAGAGAACGAGACCGCGCGCAUUGCGGGCAAGAACAAGGGCAUCAGCCGUAUUCCGAUCAACCUGAAGAUAUACUCGCCACAUGUGCUGAACCUCACGCUGAUUGACCUGCCGGGUAUCACGAAGGUUCCAAUUGGAGAGCAGCCGCCAGACAUCGAGCGGCAAAUCCGCAAUCUGAUUCUAGAGUACGUGGCGAAGCCGAACUGCAUUAUCCUUGCGGUGUCUCCUGCCAACGUGGACUUGGUGAACUCGGAGUCACUGAAGCUUGCGCGCGACGUGGACCCGCAUGGGAAGCGGACUAUUGGCGUUGUCACGAAGUUGGACCUGAUGGACUCGGGCACGAAUGCAUGGGAUAUUUUGGCGGGCAAGCUUUAUCCGCUGAGACUAGGCUUUGUGGGUGUUGUCAACCGUUCGCAGCAGGAUAUUCAGGAGAACAAGAGUGUGGAGGAUGCGCUGGCCCGCGAGGAGGAGUUUUUCAGCAAGCACCCGGCUUACCGGACGAUCUCUUCUAAAUGUGGGACGCGCUUCCUCGCCAAAAAGCUGAACCAGAUAUUGCUCAACCACAUCAGAGAGAAGCUGCCUGACAUAAAAGCGCGCCUUAACACCUUAAUCGGCCAGACAGAGCAGGAGUUGGCGUCUUACGGCGGCUCUAACAUAAUUUCUCCAGAGAGUAGGGCUGGCCUUGUGUUGCAAAUGAUGAACAAGUUUGCUACAAACUUCGUUUCGUCAAUUGAAGGUACUUCUUCUGAUAUCAGCACAAAAGAGCUAUGUGGCGGUGCCCGGAUCUAUUACAUAUACAACAACAUUUUUGGUAACUCUUUGAAGUCAAUCAACCCCACGGCCAAUCUCUCCAUCACUGAUAUAAGAACAGCAAUCAGAAAUUCGACUGGGCCCAGGCCUUCUCUUUUUGUUCCGGAGCUUGCUUUUGAUCUACUGGUGAAGCCCCAAAUUAAGCUUCUUUUGGACCCUUCUCAACGCUGUGUCGAGCUGGUUUAUGAGGAGCUGAUGAAGAUUUGCCACAAUUGCGGAAGUCCUGCUUUGGCAAGGUACCCCAGAUUGCAGGCAAAGUUGAUUGAAGUGGUCAGCGAUCUACUUCGUGAAAGGCUAGGUCCAACUAGAUCCUACGUUGAGAGCUUAAUCGACAUACACAGAGCUUUUAUCAACACUAAUCAUCCGAACUUCCUAAGUGCUACGGAGGCUAUGGCAGAUAUAGCUGAAGCCAGGCGGCAGAAACAGCAAAACGCUAAGAGAUCGGCAGAUUUAAAGAAGAAACGCCAGCAGGAGUUGGAGAAGGCUGCUGCUGUAGGAGAGCCAACUAAUGGCAACCCAUCUCCAAAGGUUGAUUCUGAUUCUACGAUAACAUCUAGCGAUAGCGAAGGAGAGGAUGAAAGAGAUCCUAAACAAAAUAAGGACUCGUUUUUGAACUACUUCUUUGGUAAAGAUCAGCAGCGUAAGGAUGGAGAUGACAUCGCACCAUCUUUCAGCGACAAACAGGAGAGGACAAUGGAUAGCUUUUUCCAACAAGAGGCUGAUUUUAUGGCAAUGGAGACACUUAAAAUACAAGAUACCGUUGCAGCUCCUGUUGAGGCUGAGCAUCCAGAAUUGACCGAGAGGGAAGAGCUCGAGUGUGAAUUGAUAAGAAGGCUCAUCAUAUCGUAUUUUGGUAUCGUCAGAGAAAUGGUUGAAGACCAAAUUCCAAAAGCCGUCAUGUGCUUCCUUGUGAACUUUUGCAAGGAGGAGGUCCAAAACAGAUUAGUAUCCAAACUUUACAAGGAAUCUCUGUUUGAGGAACUAUUGAUGGAAGACGAAACCUUAGCUCAGGACAGGGCCAAAUGUAUUAAACUUCUCGAGGGUUACAAGCAGGCUUCCGUCAUUAUUGGUGAUAUUUUGUAA